AUGGCCACUCUUUAUAACACUGAUAGUAUCCUGGGGAAUCCUGAUCUACUCUAUGCAACCGUCAGCAAACUAUUUGUCGAUUUCAAGGAUACAGAGGAGAAACCCCAUGCAGAAGUCCGACUGGUUCUUGCAGAAGACCACAUCGACAGGUGGAACUGCAGUAUUGGCUCAAAUCCCGGAGCAGCUGUAAACGCCAAUUCGCGAUAUGACAUUACGUUUAGCGUCCAAGGUUGUCAGAAUCCUCCAGCGAACAUAUUGAUCUCAUUUGAGUUUAAACUACGCGUGUCAUAUAUGACGCUGAUUAGUUUUAUUGACUGUCUACGCGGGGGAGGGAGUAAUUCAUGGGAAAAUUUAUUCCAGUUCACUCGCCUUUACUCUAGAGGAAGUCGCGACGUUGUAUUUCAGUGGUUACUGAGGCUUAAACGACUGAAUAUUAUCAAUCAUACAGCAGAUACCGUUGUGGAUACGUCAGGCCUAGGUAUACUUGGAGAACCACAGCUAGAGUUUGGGAAGUUUAUGGCCAAGAAUUACGCAAAGUCGGGUUGGGGAGUCCUCCAGUCUAUUGGAGAUACUUCAAUUCAUCGAGGAUGGUUCGAGUUCGAGUCUCCUCGGGCAAGAGGAGUCGAAGAUACACCCCAUCCUUACGUAUCGCCAGAUGAAGAUGUGGAUCAUAAGGCUAAGGCUGGCGCAUGA